AUGCUAUUCAUUGGCAAGCUGCACACUGGCAUUGUACACACUGACACGCUACACACUGACACGCUGCACACAGGCAUGCUGCACACAGGCAUGCUGCACACUGGCAUGCUAUACACUGACACGCUGCACACUGGCAUGCUGCACACAGGCAUGCUGCACACUGGCAUGCUAUACACUGACACGCUGCACACUGGCAUGCCGUACACUGGGGCACUACACACUGACACGCUGCACACUGGCAUGCUACACACUGACACGCUGAACACUGUUAUGCAGCACACUGGCAUGCUACACACUGGCAUGCUGCACACUGGCAUGAUGCACACUGACACGCCUCUAACUGGCAUGCUGCACACUGGCACACUAAACAAUGACACGCUACACACUGGCAUGCUACACACUGGCAAGCUGCACACUGGCAUGCUACACACUGGCAAGCUGUAUACUGGCAUAAUACACACUGGCAAGCUGUACACUGGCAUGCUACACACUGGCAUGCUACACACUGGCAUGCUGCACACUGGCAUGCUACACACUAGCAUGCUACACACUGACACGCUACACACUGACAAGCUGUACAAUGACAUGCUUCACACUGACACGCUGCACACUGGCAUGCUGCACACUGGCAUGCUACACACUGACACGCUGAACACUGGCACACUACACACCGAUACGCUACACACCGGCAAGCUGGUCACUGGCAUGCUACUCACUGGCACGUUACACACUGGCACGCUACACACUGGCACGCUACACACUGGCACGCUACACACUGGCACGCUACACACUGUCAAGCUGCAAACUGGCAUGCAACACUAUGACAAGCUGUACACAGGGAUGCUACACACUGACUCCCCACACACUGGCACGAAACACAAGCACUCUACCCACUAG